ACGAGCGACAGUAAGAGGCCAUCGGUCCAACAUUCAGCCACACCACUCACGGUGUCCUCGUUGAUUUUAUCCGACCCACGCCCAACCAGACGAAGGUGUUCGCGCGUGGCUGUGCCCCGGUGCAAGUGUUCCAGUUUCAGUGCCCGAAAGCUCGAUCGAGUGAAGCGAUCGAAGCGUGCUAUUCGACACGCGGAAACCUAAGUGAGGUAGCGAAAAUAAAAGAGAGACGAAAGAAAAAAAAAGGGAAAACCGUCCGCACCACCCACCAUCGCCAUGCCGCUGUUCGGUAAAUCGCAGAAGAGCCCCCAGGAGCUGGUGAAGGCGUUGAAGGAGGCGGUCAGUUCGUUGGAGCGCGGUGACAAGAAGGCGGAGAAGGCACAGGAAGAUGUCAGCAAAAACCUGGUACUGAUCAAGAACAUGCUGUACGGCACGUCCGAAGCUGAGCCGCAAACCGAAAUCGUAUCCCAGCUGGCCCACGAGCUUUAUAGCACGAAUCUGCUGCUGCUGCUGAUACAGAACCUGAACCGCAUUGACUUCGAGGGCAAGAAAGACGUCGCACAGAUAUUCAACAACGUGCUCAGAAGACAGAUUGGCACUCGUUCACCGACGGUGGAAUAUAUCUGCACAAAGCCGGAAAUUCUGUUCACGCUGAUGGCCGGCUACGAACAUCAAGAAAUCGCACUCAACUGUGGUACGAUGUUGCGCGAAUGUGCCCGUUACGAGGCGCUUGCCAAGAUCAUGCUCCACUCGGACGAAUUCUUCAACUUUUUCCGCUACGUGGAGGUGUCGACGUUCGACAUCGCGUCCGAUGCAUUUUCCACCUUCAAGGAGCUGCUUACCCGCCACAAGAUCCUGUGCGCCGAGUUCCUCGAGCAGAACUACGACAAGGUGUUCAACCACUACGAACAUCUGCUCAACUCGGAGAAUUAUGUGACGCGGCGGCAAAGUCUGAAGCUGCUCGGAGAGCUUCUGCUCGAUCGACACAACUUCACGGUGAUGACGAAGUACAUCUCUAAUCCGGACAACUUGAAGCUGAUGAUGAACAUGCUGAAGGAGAAAUCGCGUAACAUACAGUUCGAGGCGUUCCACGUGUUUAAGGUGUUCGUCGCGAAUCCGAACAAACCGAAGCCGAUCCUCGAUAUACUGCUGCGCAACCAGGAGAAGCUGGUCGACUUCUUGACGCGCUUCCACACCGACCGCUCGGAAGACGAGCAGUUCAACGACGAGAAGGCUUACCUGAUCAAGCAGAUCAAGGAGCUGAAACCAGCCCCUGAUCAAUAGUCGUGCGAUGUUGCCGCUCCCUCAAUCUCCACCAUCAAUGCCACUGUCGUCGUCGUGCUAUAGUGUCGCAAUGCAAUCAAACAGUACACUACUCCAUCAAUCAAUAUAUUGUCCCCGCCGUCUAUCCUUAUCCCUUUACCCUUCCCUCUCCCAACACAAGACAUCCCGUCCGCCUCGUGCGGUGCGGUCUGCGUGUUGGUCUCAAUCAAACGACGAGACCCGGUGCUAGAACAUCCUGGCGACCAGCACGAUCAAGAAGCAGUAAGGGCAGCGAAUCCCUCACCAUCGGGAACGAAACUAAAGCCACGACUCCGCUAAAAGCGACGAAGGGAUGCGCCUAUCGCGGAUAUCGAACAUC